AUGGGACUAACUUCAGAUAAAUUAAAGUUCCGAGAUAUCGAUAUGGAUCUUAUUCCUGCAGCAAAAUGGACAACGAAAUUACAGUAUUUUUUAUACACUUGGUGCCAGUCAGCAUUACACGUGGCAAUGUUUUCAUCUGAUAUAUAUACAUGUAUCAAGUUGCUGGCAUUUAAUACAUGGUCAAACAAUAUCAUCCAACCAUUCCUAGAAUUCCGCAUUUCUAAAUGGUUAUUCAGUGGGUGCAUUUUUUGCUCUUCGCUGAUAUUGGUUAUUGAGUUGAUAAUUGGGUUGGGUGUGUAUCGAAGGAAAGAGAUUACAUCAAACUAUAUGAAUGGCGUUAGUAGAUCAAUAAAUUGUCUGUUCAAUUUCAAAAAAUAUCAAAUUUUCGAGUUGAUAGUAUUGACUGAUGAAAAGAAAUUCAGCAAAUGGUUAUUUUUUUCAUAUUUUGAAAUUAGUGGAUGCUUGAAGCUAGUGUUCGGUGAUUCCCCAAGACAAAUAAUCAAUGGGUUAACGUUAUGGUCAGUUUUACUGACAGUUUCAAAUGGGGCCGGUAGCAAUGCCAACGGUACACAAAAUUUGAGUAAUUUAGAUAAUUUGAGUGGCAUAAUAAGCAAGAUAAAACAUAUUGCCAAGACAAAUUAUGAAGAAAGUGUGAUUUUGUCUUUCAUGUUAUUUUCAUUUAUCAUAUGGGUGAUUUUGAUAAGUAAAUUGAUUCUGAGCAUAAUAAUAUUUCUCAUUUUUGUACAUCCAAAGUUCUUGCCCAAUGAAAGAAAGGCGGAAGGCUACGGGUUGAAACUGAAGAAGUACGUAUCUAACGCCAUUGAUGAAAAUUUAAGUAAGACAAUUCACGAAUUGGGUAUAUUGAGAGAUGAUGAGGAAGAAAAAACGUUAUAUGGGAACGAGGAACCGCAAAAAGUUGCUGAUUAUGAUGGCCUUGAUUAUAGUGAUGCAUGUACAAUACCAAGUUAUUACUGUUACUCGGAUGGAGAAGCGUUCGAAAGAGUAUAUACGCCCAUAAAAGCAUACUUUCCACAUAAGUACAAGCAUAAGUGUAUGUGA